AUGGCCUGGUUCUCAGACGAGCACAAUGCCAUGCUCGAGGAGCGCUUGCACCUUCCUGCAGGAUCAGCGCUCCAGGCCUAUCAAAGUGACGAUGUCCUCACAAGUCAAGCUCGAAGUAUCCUGAUUGGCAUAAUCGAUGAUUUGGCCUCUCCGCCACCAGAACUUCCACCCGCCACAAUUGACGUCUUGAUCGUCUACUUUGGUGAACUGAACGGAAUGGCCGGUUGGGUAUUCUACGAUGAAGAUUACUUCUUGCACGCGUUCGGUUUCAAAGCACCGUACUACGACGCCAUUAUAGGACCGGCGCGUAAUUUCCGCGAUCGUAAGAACAAGUUCAAGGCAUUGCAGGAAGAAGCUGAGAAGGUCGUGUAUGAUUUGGACCCCGAGCCAAAGGUCAUCAUCGACGGCGUGACUUACGGAGCUUGGUUCACUCCAGAACACUACAAAUGGCUCGAGCGCUUGACCGGACUUCCUGAGGGCCGAGUUGAACGGAUUCUCCAGAAUUGUCCGCCAGUGAUUGCUCGGGCUGCAGAAGCUAUCUUCGAAGAACCAGAAGAAUCAGAAGAGCCUACCAUCCUGGGCCGAGCCAGGUUCGGUGAUGAUUACCCAAGUGGAUACGGCAGCAGCGGCUCAGGCGAUAGACGCCACCGAUCAUACCGCGACGAGUAUCCGGAUUACCCAUCUUCAUUGCUUCCAAAUGACGGUUAUGCCCCGCACAGGUCAGGUGGCGGCGGCGGUGGCAGCAGUAGCAGCGCUGCUCCCUGGGCUCGUCCUCCAGCAUACACCCACGAAAGACAUCCCGGCCAAUUCUACCCACCACCAUAUACCACCGAACCCCUUGGACCACCAGAACGCCCCACCGGUCGUAGGCCUGGAGAAUUCUCUGAUGGUCGGGGUAUCAUUGGUGGUAGCUCCCCAUAUUCCACCGGCGGCAGAUUGAACCCAAACCCUGUCCGCAGCACCGGAGUCCUAGGCGACAGAUAUCCCAGCUCGUCCCGUGAUGACGGUCUGCUUCCUGGCGGACACUGGACUGAAGAAACUGCCGGUCGCAGUAUCUAUGGUGAAUAUGGCAACGAUGGAAGAUACCCAUUCCGUGACCCUGGUGUUGGACCUGGUGCUCGCGAGGCCAGACGUGGAUUUCGCCCAAGUCCUCUGGGCGAAAGAUCGCCUCCUAGAGUCUCUCGUUCCUCGGGACUGUCGCGACAAGGAGUAAUCAGAAGACCUGGACGCGGGCUCGGAGGCGAAGAGAGAACUGGUUCUGGAUCUGGAAGGCGCCCGGAAUUCAUCAGCGGCAUGUAUUCACCACCAAGAAGUCAGUCGGGAAGCAUCUAUGGUGGGAUCAGCCCACCAAGGAGGUCGAGGAGGAGCAGCAGAGAGCGCAGGUAUAGAUUUGUUGCUCCAAGGUAUUGGUGA